CAUGGGAAACAAGCACUCUUGCAGCUGUAUCUACAGCCCAAAGUCAAGAAAACCCGAAGAUGUUUACCGUCCUGCAGCAUCCGUACGGAGUGAGGAAGUGGGAUUUGAACCGAAGAACCAAAGCAUUUCCUCGCUUCAUUAUGUACCUCACAUUAGCGAUCGAGAGAUCCUCCCAGAAGACAACGUUGGUGACCCAUCAAUCCACCCAUUGACAAAACCAAUCUUUUCUUCACGGUCACAGAGUGAAAUAAACAGAAAUAACAAAAACCGGAGGAGGAGUCAGUAUGACAACAGGAUCUUACAACUUCAGGCACCCCCACAGACGACAUUGAAAAAGUACAGCUCAUGUUCAACAAUAUUCAUUGAUGAUUCGACUGUGAGCCAGCCAAAUCUAAAGAAUACAAUCAAAGCUGUAGCUUAUGCUAUCUACUUUCAUAUCAAAAACAGGGAAAGUAAUCGUACCAUUGAGAUCUUUGAUGAGAAACUACAUCCUUUGUCACGGGAAGUUGUUCCAGAAGAUUACGAUUCUAGAGACCCGGAGCACAAAUCUAUCUACAGAUUUGUAAGAAACCUGUUCAGUGCAGCACAGUUGACCGCUGAAUGUGCAAUAGUUACCUUGGUUUACUUGGAACGUCUUCUCCACUACGCUGAAAUUGGUAUCAUGCCAGCAAAUUGGAAAAGGAUUGUGUUGGGAGCAAUCUUGCUGUCUUCCAAAGUGUGGGAUGAUCAGGCAGUAUGGAAUGUCGACUACUGUCAAAUCCUCAAGGACAUUGCUGUGGAGGAUGUGAAUGAGCUGGAGCGACAGUUUCUGGAACUGCUACAGUUUAACAUCAAUGUACCUUCCAGUGUAUAUGCCAAAUAUUACUUUGAUUUGAGAGCACUGGCUGAUGCUAAUGAGCUGAGUUUCCCACUGGAGCCCCUCAGCAAAGAGAGAGCUGAGAAACUUGAGGCUAUGUCCAAUGAUGGAACAAUAUCCAAGCUUUGGCAGAAGCCUACGUUAAUACGGUCCAACAGCCUGGAUGGCAUGACAACGAAUCCCAGACUUAGUGUUGCCAUCUUGUCAUGA